UAAUUUGCUUUACGCACUGAUAAAAUUCUGAAAACGAUUUCCUCGGAAAACGGGUUACCCACAAGAACUAUGUGCGAAGUUUAACCCAGAAAACUGAACACAUAGAAAAUACCCCGAAGAUUCGAAAAUAGAGAAAGCCAUCAUCGACAGUGACGGUGGGCGCAGAUCCUCAGAGCCAGUGGAAGACCAUUGAAAGUUCUAACGAUCAUGAGGAACUUAGUCCUCAAGUGUUUACUUCAAAGCUCAAGAUCAUUUACUCGCCCCUCCUCCUCAAGAUCCAGCCCUUUCUUGCUUUCCUCUCGAUGGUAUUCAGUUUCUGCUCCACGUGCUAAUGAGGAAGCUGAAACAGUAGUGUUUCCAAGGGAGGGCCCUGGGUUUUCUCAUGGUCUCCAGUGGGCUUUGGCUGCAAAAGGUAUUCUUGUAAAGGAAAACGCUUUUCGAAACCUGGAGUCUUCUGAACUACAACAAAAGGGUGCAAACAUUGUGGAUUCCUUGUCAGGACUUCCAGUUUAUGUUAGAGGAAGUAUUGUUGGAGGAGCUUCAGAAAUUUCCAAGUCACAGUUUGGCAAACUUUUGAAACAGGUUUCAAAUCACAUAUCAUCCAUUUCAGAUGUUUUUGUGCAUGAUGGGGCUAUUGGUUCAUCACCAAAAUGUGAUGCAAAAGUCCGUGUAAUAAGUGAUAGUCCUUCAGCUGUGUUAUCACUUUCAAAUGUUCUCUGGAAGACUCCAACACGUGCAGUUUCACAUGAUUCUUGUCCGUUGACGGUCUAUGUUGCAACAUCUAUAAGUCCAGGGGUGGGUGACACUGUUGGUUUGGGAGCUAAAAUGAGUAAGGGAUUCAUAGCUGCAGAUAUUGAGCGAUCGUCACUGAUUUUAUGUGGUAAAGCAUUCUCAGAUACAAAUGGGAUUAAAGAAGCACUGGCUUCCUUGUCUGGACCUAUCAUAUCUUCACGGGGAGGCCUUCCUCUAUCUGGAAGGCUCCUAGUGUCUGGCGAUUCAGUGGUUCUUUUGUUUGCACCCUAUCAAACCAUUGAGAGCUGCACAGAGUCCUUGGUGUCUGCAGAUGCAGGUGUAAUUCUUGCUUCUGAAGGUGUUGCACCGUAUUUUCAAAGUGGAAAAUCUGGUGGCACAAAUUUAUUUAAAUUGCCAGCUGCUGUUAUCCUUGCAUCUUCUGAUAGUUCUGGAAGUAUCCCUUCUGCAUCAAAGCUCUCUCCUGGGCAAGCAGCCUAUCACUUCCUGGCAGGCUAUCAAAAUGGGAAGUUCUUGCCUGCAUACAGCAAGGGCUCUUCAUCUAUUGACCUGUUAGAACUUGCAAUGGCUCUUCGGUCCAAGUUGCAAGAGAACCAAAUCCCAUCUUUCCUCAUCAAUGUCAACGAGGGGGAAAAGAGUGUAACUGGCAAGGAUCUUGUUAAGUUGGUGGAAUCAACUCUGUCCAAGAACAUCCCCCAAUUUGAAGCCAAAGGUGGAAAACUUCAAGGAAAGUACAAGAGCUUUUUAUCAGGAAAAUUUCAAGACUUGCCCAAGGAAUUCUCAUUCUGAGAACGAUAAAUCCUUUUUGCCUUUUCCUUUGAAGCUCUUGUUUUCCUAAAGGUACAAAUGUAACCUCUUUCUUGUGAAGUUAUACCGUUCAUGUGCGUGAUUUUUCCUUCCUCAGUGGCUGAAAUAAGUUAUCCAGUUGUAUAUCUGUGGACUUGUAUUAAUUUCCUUUUCUCAGUUCAAUGUAAGGACUUUCGGGAUGCUUAUUCUGGGAUAUGAUGAUUGAGUUAAAUUCUGAAACGAAAUGAAGUGGGACUGUGGUGUAAAUUUUUAUUUAUAGUGGAUAAAAUGAAGAUUGAGGAAUCUUGAUGUGC